ACGCUACAGUGUACUGUUGUGUAUGAGGACGAAGGAUUCAGCUGAUUUUGCGGAUUAAUACUUUUAUUUUUUGCAUCACGCCAGCCAAACGGCUGCAGAAAAAUCAUUCUGUAUGCGGGAGAGGCGUAUGCGCCUUUUUGGAGUUUCAAAAGGUUCCCAUUCACCGUGGAUAUUUACUGUGGGACCAUUGGACUUACAAGGAACAGUCAUCCAUCAUGGAGGCGAACGGCACGGCCACCGUCUUGAGCUCGGCCUACUUGGCGGCGGAGUACGUGGACGCCUUCUUACCAGAGAACCCCCUGCGACCCUCUUUCAAACAUGCCUGGUGCUACAUGCUGAACAACUACACCAAGUUCCAGAUUGCCACCUGGGGCUCGCUCCUGGUGCACGAGCUCAUCUACUUCCUCUUCUGCCUCCCCGGCUUCCUCUUCCAGUUCCUUCCCUUCAUGCGCAAGUACAAGAUCCAGCAGGACAAACCGGAAACCUGGGAGAAGCAAUGGCGCUGCUUGAAGAUGUUGCUGUUCAACCACUUCUUCAUCCAGCUGCCGCUCAUCUGCGGCACGUACUACUUCACAGAGUUCUUCUCCAUCCCCUACGACUGGGACUCCAUGCCUAGAUGGCCUUACUUGGCGGCUCGGUGUCUAGGAUGCGCCGUAAUCGAAGACGCCUGGCACUACUUCCUCCACCGACUGCUCCACCACCGUAGGAUCUACAAGUACAUCCACAAAGUCCACCACGAGUUCACGGCGCCUUUCGGCAUGCAGGCCGAGUACGCCCACCCGGUCGAGACGGUGGUCCUGGGCGCCGGCUUCUUCAUCGGGAUCCUCAUCUUCUGCAACCACGUCUUCUUCCUCUGGGCUUGGGUGGCCGUGCGACUACUGGAGACCAUCGACGUGCACAGCGGCUACGACGUCCCGCUGAACCCGCUCCACCUGCUGCCGUUUUACGCCGGCGCUCGCUUCCACGACUUCCACCACAUGAACUUCGUGGGCAACUACUCGUCCACUUUCACCUGGUGGGACAAGAUUUUCAACACCGACCACCAGUACAACAAGUACGUGGGCCAACGGAAAGACGACAAGAAGACGCGGUGAAAAAUGACAGAAAUACAUGCAGCCAGAUGCUCUUUUUUUUGCCUCUUGUGUCCUUUCUAAAUAGCAGUGCCACCAGAUGGCGCUAAAGCAAGUUUUUUUUCCCUCCUCAUUCUAUAUGACUGGCUUCAACACAAUUUAAUCCAUAUUCAAACCCGUUUUACUGCUUGUGGAAUUCGACAAAAACUCGAAUGAACUCAUUGACGGCCAGAGACGUCCAAUUAAUUUCAUAGGAGAUGGUUGGGAGUGACUGGUCGAUCGCAAUCUGGAUGGAAAUACUACAUUCCACGAUGUUGUCUCGUUACCUUUUUAAUCUGUAGCGUGGUUAUUUGGCACAAAGAUGCCACCAGAUGGCGCCAAUGUUGUUGCUUUCCCUCUACAUUACGUGACUUCAUUUCAAAUAGAAAAUAUACUUUUUUUUUUCAAAAAAUACAGUACAAAUACAUAUUCAAUUGUGUGUGAAAUUUGACUAAAACACGAAUUAAGUUACUGACGGCCAGAGACGUCCAAUCCAUUUGAACUGGGAUGGUUGGGAGUGAUUUGUUAUAGCAAUUCGGACGGAAAACAUGCUGCAAUUUAUCACUUUUUUUGCCUUGCUUACUUCGUAAAACGCAGCGCGUAAAAGCGCCACCAGAUGGCGCCAAAGCAAUUAUUUUUACCACCCUCACGUUCUGUAUGACACAAUUUAAUGCAUAAUCAAAGCCGUUUAAUUGCGUGAGGAUUAUGAGGGAACAUGAAUUGACGGCCAGAGACGUCCAAUCCAUUUGAAGUGGGAGAUUUCCACCUCUCCCAGUUUAAAAGGAUUGGACGUCUCUCCCUGGUCAGAGGCACUAAACGCUGUCAAUGGCAAUGAAUUAAAAAGCGAGCGACAAACAGCCCGCUGCAUUAUUUUGAAAAUCGAUCAUUAAAGGGUAUGUAGUGCCCUGGGAAAAUUUUAAUAUUCCAUCAUUUAUCCAUAAACGCAUGCCUUUUGUAUUCAUAUCAUGCCACUUCGUGUAAUUACACACAAGAAAAAGAGAAAUUUGGCUCGAUUGUCAAGCUAAAACGACCGGCGCCCGAGAUCUGGCAGAGUGUGUGCGUGACGUCACGACAAGUGAAGAGAGUGCCACCGGCCACUAGGGGGGCAGCGCCUGUCUGCAUCAAUAUAAUUCCUUCUAGUGAGGGGAGAAUUAGGGGUGUUUUGAGCUGUUUAUGCUGAUGCAUUGUGUUCGUCCUGCACAUAUUCCAGGUUCCCUCAUGAAGAAACACCCCUCGUUGUCAAUAAAAGAGAAUUCAGAAUUGUUUCUUCAACAAGAAAAAGGCUCAGUGCUUUAAUACUGAAUGGCGGAGAUGAUGGCAGACAAUUUCGUUUCUAGUUUCAGCGACGAAUCCGACGUAACGAAUGUUCAUCUAAUGGUGACUAGAAGAGUUACGAAGCUUUAAUCGGUGUUUUAGGUUACCAAUUUGAGCCCAAACGAACGCCAAUGCAGCGUAAUGAAAAGGUCAUUGAGGGGAGCAAUGACACUGAUGAAACAUCGGCAGCAGAUCGUGUGGGAAACACCAAUGAUUUGUUUUGCAUUUCUUUUUGUGAAGCUGAUACACCGUGACUGCAUAGAAUAAUUAGCAUUUAUUGCACUAUCAUAGCUUUUCGCUCUGCCAACAGACACAAAUAUGAAUGGGAUCAGAGGAUAUAUUUUACGAACGAUAAUUUAUACAUGUGUCCAGUCCUGUAUCCAAUGCGUGACAUUUUUUUAUUAUAAAAGAGUACUCACUCUGGCCAUUUCGAGCUUGGCUGCUCCCCUCCUUUGCUUAGCUUUAGCCUCCUUUACCAGUCAUCGUCCUCUUUCUUGAUAUCUCGGGACAUUUAGGUGGCUGCACCUGUAUGGUCGGCACCGCAUCUCCUUUGAGCAGCAAUCUUUUAGCAAAACCCGAUUUCUCUUGUCCAUAGUUCGAGAAGCUUUCAGGUGGAAAAUGCGCACUACAGAAAAGCGUGCUGGAGGCUGUGUCUAGAAAAUUUGCCCUCUUUGCACGGACGAACUUUACCCAUUGUCUGUGUAGUCCAGCUUUUUUUUUCGCGUUCGGGAACUCGUGGAUACUAUAUUCCGAUAAAUAACUAUUUGUACACCACAUAGCACAGCAGUUUUGAACCAUUUUUGUGAUGUUUUGGUCAAACAAACCCCAACGCUACUCUCUCGUCGUUAAAAAACAAUGGCACCCGGCUCCGCCUCGACUGUCAAUCACUUGUCGUGACGUCCCCGCCCCAUUCGUCAUUUUCGAUCUAUUUUCGAUAAUUGCUCAUUAAUGUGAUUGAUUUUUUUUUGUUAACUUUAUCAAUAUUUGUUAUCUUGGCACAUAACGGUUCUAUUGAUGUCUCACACCCCCUUUGCCGCUACAUACUCUUUAACAUCAAAUUUCUGCAGUCAACAAUAACAAAUCAAUGACUAGGGAAUCAGAAUGUUUACUUUUUUCGCGAAAUAUAUAGCUUGUUUCCUUUUUUGUUUUUAGUUACUUAAAAGAAAACAAAUCAUAAAAACUGCUUUUCCUUUUUUAUAUUUGAAAAUUGUAAAAUAAAAAGAGAAUAUGUCCUGAUUUUCCCCUUUUUCCUCAAUCAAAACCCAAAACGAAUGAAAAUUAUAUAUACAAUGCAAGUUUUGCUUUCUCCAAAUGCUGCACUGAGGAGUCAGACACGACACGACACACCCCUGCGGCCACAGCGCCGCACUGCUGCGUCAA